CCGACCUUCACCUUUAGUGACCCUGUUGGAGAACGAAACGGUGACUUCUUAAAAUUAACAGUCACGUUCCUUUUGCAGCUAGAAAGGUUGUAUAAAUCAUGGCGGUUCCUGUAAAUAAAUCUCAAAGGAUCCCGAGAUGGUAUUUCGGAGGCGUUGCCAGUGCCAUGGCUGCUUGCUGUACACACCCUCUGGAUCUGUUAAAGGUUCACAUGCAGACGCAACAAGGGAAGAAAAGCUUAUUCUUCAUGGCCAAAAAACUGUUCAAGUCUGACGGUGUGCUGGGCUUCUACAAUGGAUUGUCUGCUUCAGUCCUAAGACAGCUUACAUAUUCAAUGACAAGGUUUGCUGUCUACGAUGUAGGGCGUAAAUCUCGAACAAAAGAUGGCCGUAAUAUGCCAUUUUAUGAGAAAGUGGCCUUAGCUGGGACCGCGGGUGCAAUGGGAGGUUUUGUGGGUACCCCUGCAGAUUUGGUCAAUGUCAGAAUGCAGAAUGAUGUCAAGCUUGCCCCAGAACAGAGAAGAGGGUACAAGAAUGGAUUUGAUGGCUUGUACAGAGUGUUUCGCCAAGAGGGUGUAGCAAAGAUGUUCAGUGGAGCCACCAUGGCAACGAGUCGAGCCGUGUGCGUCACCGUUGGUCAGAUCGCCUGCUAUGACCAAAUCAAGGGCACUCUGUUGGGGACUCCGCUUUUCCAGAAAGAUAACGAGAUACUUCAUUUCACCUCUAGCUUUAUGGCUGGUGGUAUAGCCACAUUUCUCACCAUGCCUCUAGACGUGAUGAAGACUCGUAUGAUGAAUGCUCCACCCGGUACUUAUAAAAGUAUACUUGCCUGUGCCAAAGAUAUAGCUGUAAACGGUCCCAUGGGAUUUUUCAAGGGUUUCAUGCCAGCGUUUGUCAGACUCGGACCCCACACUGUGUUAACCUUCAUGUUCCUAGAACAAAUCAGGAUGAACUUCGGGGAUGACCCACCUGCUGCUGCUGGUACAUGAUCUCACAAGACGAUCCAGGGAAACGUUGACGCACACUCUUGUUUACAUGUUUAAAGCAUCAUUGCUGCAAUGGAUGUGGGGGAUGGCUUGUCUCUGGCUUUGUUAGUGUUUGAAAGUAAAAGUAUGUUUGUGGAAUUAUGUAUCUGCAGUAUGCAGUAUGGCAAAGGAUUGAACUCAGGUUUCGUGUUCUUGGUUCAAAAUCUAAUACUGAUUGUAAAUGGAGGAAAGCUAGGUUUGAUAUAAUGGUAGUUUUGCCAGUCUUUAGGUAUUGCAAGCAAAUUAAACUUUUGGAUGAAAUGUUUGGAUUGAAUUUUUUCAAUAGUAUUUUCAACAUGGUAUUUUACAACAAGCCUUGCAAUAUAAAAUCCAGAAUUUGAGCAAGCCCAGAUAGCAAUUACUAACGCAGUGCUUGCUAACUUUCUUUUAAUUUCAAUCAGUGAUGUAGUUCAAAGUUAUGACCACAAAAUUAAGCAUCUGCACGAGCGUAAGUAUUAAGUAAUACAUGUAAAUGAUUUUAGUGUUUUAAAAAUAAAUGUCUUUUACUUUAACUUAAAAUUGUACAAAUGAUCUUUCAGCUAUGCAAGGGAAUAUGUAAGUAUUAUUAAGAUGUCAAAUUUUCGCUGAAGCAUCUGUUAGAUCGUGUUACAACAUAUAGGAUAUUAUCUAUAGUAUAUGUAAUUUGUCCAAUUGAAUCUAAGAUGAACUAGUCAUGGUGCAGAUUUGAUUGUUUGAAUGGCGCUGAAGACUUUACCAAUAAUGAUCUUAAUCAGUCUUUGUCGUAGGAUUAAACUAUCUUAGUGUCAUAGUUACUGGUAUGGAUGUUCCUACAUUUUUGAGUGAAUAUUAUAUGAACUAUUAUUAAAAAUUAACAGAAAUUUGAGGGGAAAAAAUUCUAUGUGUAGGCAUUUGUGAUGUUUAUAUAGACUGUUGAAGGUUAUUGAAUUACUACUAAGAUCAUUGAUUGAAAAAUCCUAUUGUAGAUAUAUUACUGUCUUUCUUCUAUGUCCUAUUAACCAUAUGGCAAUGUAUUGUAAUAAGAGAAAAAUAAUAACAAAAAAUAAUUUCAUACCAUAGGGAUUGAAAAUCAGUCUAAAAUCAUAAUUGAUCUUGGAAAAAAUUGGUAUUGCAUGCAUUUCGAUAAUGUUUAAAGUGGUAUAACAGAAAAACAAGCUACAUAUUAAUGUUCACAGGUGUUUUUAAUGAAUGAACAUGAAAGCAAAUUUUCUGCAGUAUUUUUGUUAUUUGGAAGUAAAUUUUCCAUGUUGAGUUUUAGGUUUUUAUCUUUGGUUUUAAUAAAAUAAUUCAUAUAUAACUUCUUUUGUUAAAUGAAGAAUUGAAUAAAAACUGUGAGCUGAGCCAAGUGAAGGAGUGGGUUGAGUUAUAUGUUUUACAGUCAACAUUCCUUGAUUGAUUGGUGCAUAUAGUUGAAAUCGACUUUAGUCUUUAUUCUUUCUUUUUUCCAUUCUAAGGGCAAUCUUCCCAUAAUGAGACUUAGUCCCAAAUCUUUCUUACACUGUUGAAUGUUAUUUUUAUUAUCAAUGGUAGUUGCCAUAAUGAGAAGCAAUCACUUGCCUUUCUCUGACCGAUGAAUGUUAUUUUUUAUUUUUAAUGGUAGUUUUUGUUCCUCAGUGUUCUGUUGUUGUUGUUUUUUCAAAUCAAUGACUGCAUUCAUUUUGUUAAAAUUUCUGGAUUAUGUGGAUGUUUUGCAUUAUUAUCACAAAUAUAGGAUAUGUAUUUAUUAUGUCUUCUAUUGUAUGAACCUGUUUGUUUUAUCUAUUGUGUGUAACUUUAUCAUAUCAGCUGGACUGUUUGUUUUAAACAAUGUAAAGACUACUUUUCUUAAAAUAUUUUUUAAGAUAUACAAUAAAGGAACAUUUAUAUUUUUUAUCUCUAUUUUGCUUAAGAUGGUUUUCAAAAGAUGUAUUGUGACUGAUAAAAGUAAUCCUGCUUCAAUAUAAUUGUCUACUCUGCAAAUUGCAUUGCUUUUCUUAACCUUGUAAAUGUGAAUUUUGUUCAAAAUUUAAACCACAAACUACAAAUGGUUAUUUUUUGUACAUUAUACUUUGUUAAUGCACAAUUGUUUUCAUAUAUUAAAUUUAAUUCUUCAAAUAUAUCCUGCUUCACCUGGCCUGGUUCAUUCUUUACAAACAUUAUCAUACUUCAUUCACUAGUGAUUUUAUGCAAAACAACUGAUUAAUAAAAUAAUGUUUUGUAUCACUUAACAUCUGAGGCUCCAAUACAACUUUUUCAUUUCUAAAAGGAAUAUACACCAGUCUUGUUCAUGUAUGAUUUCUAUCAUUAUUCCAUAGGGUUUUUGUAAGCUCAGAAGUGUAGAUUUCUUGUUGUUUAAACAAAAAAAGAUGUAUAACUGGUGUUGUAAAUGAAUAAUAGUAAUAUCCUAUUACAUGUGUAGAAAUAUAUACACAUGUUGCUUUACUCAUAUGUCUUAACUGUUAUUCAAGAUACGUGUAGUUGCAAUUGUACUGCCAUUAAUUAUAUAGCUAAUUUUAAGGACGUCAAUUCUUAGUUUAUUAACAAUUUUAAAUAAAUACAUUGUUUUGUUGAUAAUAAAGUAAAAAUAAAGCUUUAAACGUC